AUGCUUAUUUAUAAAAUAUUAAAGGAAGUGAAGAAUAUAAAAAAUAUAUAUUAAAUUUUUUUUAUUUAUUUUAACGAUGAAUAUUUCUCUGAUUGCAAAUAUUUAAAAAGUUAAAACUUUUCUAAUACUGGCCCUGAAGACAUAGUCUAAAUAUCUGAUAAUGUAGUAAUAGGAGGUCAUGCACAACUUCACAUGAUUUUUAAAGGAUUAAAAGAUAUAGAUGAGGUUUAAAAAGGUGGAUUUUAUUAAAUUUCUGGACUCAAAGAUAAGAAUUUAUAGAUUAAAAAAGUAGAAAUAAUCGGUUUUCCUGAGGAUGUAUUUUUAAUUCCUCAUGGAAUAUAUUAUGAUUAAAAUAUACUAUAUGUUAUAAACCAUGCCUAUUACUCUGGAGUUAGUGAUAGAAUCGAAUAUUUUGAGGUUAUAAAAGAAGACGAGAACACUUUUAAAUUAAAAUAUUAAAAUUUUACUUAAUUACCUAUUAAAUUUAAUGGAAUUUCGAAUGAUUUGGUAGUAUUUGAAGGUAACAAGGCUUUAAUUACUAUCUGGUAACCUUACACAGCUCCUUCUAAAGGAUAAAAUUAAGUUAAACCUGAUAAUAUUUCAUAUAAUGAGAAAUUGGAUGUUUUUAUAAUCGGAGCUGGAGUUUCUGGGGGUAUUUUAGAUUGGAGUGGGUAGUAUUUAAUUUUGGGAAGUUUUAUAGAUAAUAAUGUGUCUGUUUGUUAGAAUAAAAAAAAUAUAUUCUCAUGA